CAGAUGUAUAUAUAGGGGAGGUAGGAUAGAGGAGAGUAGAGUCGGUCAAAGGAACUCACAUCGUCUAAACUUACAACCCACUGUACCACUGUAUCCAUCACUAUCGAAGUCGAGAAACGAACACUUUUACGAAUCCCCACCACAUCACUUCAACAAUCAUGUCCGCCGUCUCUACCUCUACCACCACCGACGCUUUCCUCGACGCCGUCAAGGCCAGGCGAAGUCUCUACCAGCUCUCCAAGGGAGGCUCUGUCCCCGAUUCUAGGGUCGAGCAGAUCGUCAAGGAGGCCAUCUUGCACACCCCUACUUCGUUCAACUACCAGAUCGGCCGAGCCGUCGUUCUCUUCGGCGCCGAACACGACAAGCACUGGGACAUCGUCCGUGACGUCCUCAAGGCCGUCAUCGGGGAAGAAGCUUACGAAAAGGGAAGCGCGGGGAGGAUCGCCGGGUUCAAGGCUGCCAAGGGGACCGUCUUGAUCUUUGAUGAUGAGCCUACGGUGAGGAAGCAGGAGGCGGAUUUCCCUCCUUAUUCCGAGCACUUUGCUCCGUGGGCCUCGCAAUCUCACGGAAUCUUGGCCCAUAUCAUCUGGACCGCCCUCGAGCUCGAAGGUCUCGGUGCCAACUUGCAGCACUACGGCAACCUCGUCUUCAAGCAAGUCCAGGAUACCUUCAACGUCCCCGAGACCUGGAAACUCGGGAGCCAGCUCGUCUUCGGACACCCUGAAGGCCCCGCGGGGGAGAAGCAGUUCAAGCCUAUCGAGGAGAGGUUCAGGUCGUUGGGUUCUUCUUCCCAGUAGAUCGAAUGAGCAUAGAUCGAUAGAUCGAGCUACUACGCUACGUCUGGGAGUAGCAUAUGGUAUUACUAGACAUGGUAGCACCCGGCUAGCUGGUAGCUUAGUGGCACUCGCAUGGUAUUGAGUUUGGUUAUACGAGGUUGUAUAAGAACUUUCGAUGGACGCGAGACAGAUCCGAUCCAUCCAACAUUUAACACUAUACUGCGGUCUUGGGACUUU